CAACUAGCUAAACGGAGGUCGCCAUUUUGGCUCAAAUAAAGUCAGAAACAUGUAGUUGGAUACGAAUGUUUUAUAUUUUAGGUUUAAUACAUUGCAUAUAAUUUUCCGAGCAUCCUCGUUAUGUGAGUGAGAUCACAUUUGACGAUUAACGUUUUUUUAACGGUGAAAACGUGCAGUUUGAUUUACACAAAGUAAUGAUUACCUCUACGGAGCUUGCCUGUCAGCAUAAAAUAAAUAAAUAAACAAAUAAAUAUUAAUAAUAUUGACGCCCGUGUAUUUUCCGUGCGCAAUGGGUGGAUGCUCGGCUCCUAAUUGUUCCAAUUCAACCAGCAUAGGGAAACAGCUCUAUAGAUUUCCAAAAGACCCUGUCAGAAAGAAGAAAUGGGUUGUGAAUUGCCGACGCGACUUUGAACCAACUCCACACUCGAGACUUUGUCAAGACCAUUUUGAGCAGAGUCAGUUUGAGGAGUUGGCAAAGUCUCCAGCUGGUGGAAAGAAAUUGAAGCCCAAUGCCAUCCCAACUCUCUUCAGCGCUGGAGACCCUCCUUACCCUGCAGUUACCACUCCAUUCAUUAUGCUGCCCUUGAAACAUGAGCUAGUGGAGAAGGAGUCCAACGUUGGUGACCAUGGCUACGCUAGACGCACUCCCCUGCUCGGCCUGGAAGAGGAGGAUGGAGAUAGGACAGCUACGGGCCAGCAGUCCUGCACUCAAUGUCACCUCCUCAAAAAACAGCUAGAGAAAGAGAUGCAGCACACCGUAAGACUACAAAAGGAGGCAGAGGAGAUGAAGAAACGUCUCUACAGGCUGGACCGUAUUGAGAAGGGACUCCAGAACUUUUUGUAUGAGGACCAGAUCCGCGCUCUGUCUCUCACCAAACGCUCUCGCCGAGCCGUCUGGUCUCCGGAGACUAUCCUGAAGGCCAGAAAGAUUCGAAGCGCAGUGGGCACCAAAGGCUACGAGUACCUGAGGGAGCUGGGCUAUCCGUUGCCCUCCUACCGGACUCUAUGUAACCGCCUGGAAACCAAGAUCAUGGUCACGACGGACAUGAGCUGUGAGGAACUGGCAGAGCUGGGCCUGGGACUUGUGGGCGCCUGCAAUAGCCCAACGGAGGAUGUUGGCGACAACGAUGAGGAAGACCUUCUUGGUGUCUUGUCCUGAUAUGUGCUCUUUGUGUGACUCAUUAACCAGAUGAGAGAUCCAGCAAAGUGGCCCGGUAGUCCAGUGGUUAGCACGUCGACUUCACAGUGCAGAGGUACCGGGUUCAAUUCCAGCUCCGGCCUCCCUGUGUGGAGUUUGCAUGUUCUCCCCGGGCCUGCGUGGGUUUUCUCCGGGUGCUCCGGUUU